AUGGUGCUUCGUGUGGGUCAGCCGGCUCCAAAUUUUCGUUGCGAGGCUGUGAUGCCGGACAACUCCUUCAAAGAGGUUUCCUUGUCUGACUAUGCAGGUAAAAAGUAUGUAUGCCUUUUUUUCUACCCUUUGGAUUUCACAUUCGUCUGCCCUACCGAGAUUGUCGCGUUCAACGACGCUAUUGCACAGUUUGAGGCGCGAAAUGUGCAAAUCCUGGCGUGCAGCGUAGACUCCAAAUUCGCUCAUCUCACCUGGCGCAAUACACCCAGAGACAAGGGAGGGAUCGGCAAUGUCAUGUUCCCUAUAUUGGCAGACCUCACCAAGUCGAUAUCUGAGCAAUAUCAGGUUUUGAUUCCCGAUGAUGGAGUUUCGCUGAGAGGUCUCUUCAUUAUCGACAAAAAGGGCAUGCUUCAGCACCAGCAGGUCAACAAUCUACCUAUAGGGAGAUCGGUGCACGAGGUCUUGCGGAUUGUGGAUGCACUGCAGUUUUUCGAGAAGAGUGGAGAGGUCUGCCCUGCAAACUGGAAGGCCGGCGACAAGGGCAUGGCUCCCACCACAGACGGCGUCAUUGCCCACCUCACCACUAAACUCUCGUGA